AUUCAUCAGAGAAUCCACACAGGAGAGAGACCUUAUAGCUGUACUCAAUGUGGGAAGGGUUUUGCAGCAUCUACCUAUCUUACUCUACACCAGAGAAUACACACAGGAGAGAAAUCUUAUAGCUGUGGUCAAUGUGGGAAGAGUUUUAGUCAAUCUGGCCAUCUGACAGUGCACCAGAGAAUACACACAGGAGAGAAAUCUUAUAGCUGUAAUCAAUGUGGGAAGAGUUUUACUACAUCUGGCCAGCUGACUUUACACCAGAGAACGCACACAGGAGAGAAACCUUAUAGCUGUGAUCAAUGUGGGAAGAGUUUUACUAGAUCUGACCAUCUGACUUUACACCAGAGAACGCACACAGGAGAGAAACCGUAUAGCUGUGGUCAAUGUGGGAAGGGUUUUGCGGCAUCUACCUAUCUUACUCUACACCAGAGAAUACACACAGGAGAGAAAUCUUAUAGCUGUGGUCAAUGUGGGAAGAGUUUUAGUCAAUCUGGCCAUCUGACAGUGCACCAGAGAACGCACACAGGAGAGAAAUCUUAUAGCUGUGAUCAAUGUGGGAAGAGUUUUACUAGAUCUGACCAUCUGACUUUACAUCAGAGAACGCACACAGGAGAGAAACCGUAUAGCUGUGGUCAAUGUGCGAAGAGUUUUGUUAAAUCUAGCCAGCUGACAGUACACCAGAGAACACACACAGGAGAGAAACUCUAUAGCUGUGGUCAGUGUGGGAAGAGUUUUACUGAGUCUGGUGGUCUGACUAAACACCAGAGAACACACACAGGAGAGAAACCUCAUACCUGUGACCAGAGAUAAUCUGAUAAAAAAAAUCUCUGAUCAAAUAUCAGAAAAUACAUACAUGAAGAAGUUGUUUCAUGAUAUCUAUGAAUUAAUGUCACAAUGUAGAAUGUUUUAACAUUGUAGA